CGGAGGCUGAGUCGGCCCCGUCUCCUCCAGGCGCUCAGGAAACCUGCCGCGGCCCCACCAUGCUUGUGGCGUCCACCACCUCUGCCGUGCCUGGGCCCCUCUCCUCACCCAGCCCACCCAGCAACAGUAGCCAGAAGCCACCAGACACCCGGGACCCGCUGCUAGCCCGGGCAGAGCUGGCCCUGCUCUCCACGGUCUUUGUGGCUGUGGCCCUGAGCAACGCCCUGGUCCUGGGAGCCCUGGCGCGGCGGGGCCGGAGGGGCCGCUGGGCACCCAUGCAUGUCUUCAUCUGCCACUUGUGCCUGGCCGACCUGGCCGUGGCUCUGUUCCAAGUGCUGCCCCAGCUGGCCUGGGAUGCCACUGACCGCUUCCGUGGGCCCGAUGCCCUGUGUCGGGCCGUGAAGUACCUGCAGAUGGUGGGCAUGUAUGCCUCCUCCUACAUGAUCUUGGCCAUGACGCUGGACCGCCACCGUGCCAUCUGCCGCCCCAUGCUGGCAUACCGCCACGGAGGUGGGGCUCGCUGGAACCGGCCAGUGCUGGUGGCCUGGGCCUUCUCUCUCCUCCUCAGCCUGCCCCAGCUCUUCAUCUUCGCCCAGCGCGACGUGGAAGAUGGCACGGGGGCCCUCGACUGCUGGGCCCGCUUUGCGGAGCCCUGGGGUCUUCGUGCCUACGUCACCUGGAUUGCCUUGAUGGUGUUCGUGGCACCCGCCCUGGGCAUCGCCGCCUGCCAGGUGCUCAUCUUCCGGGAGAUUCACGCCAGUCUGGUGCCAGGGCCGUCGGAGAGGGCUGGGCGGCGCCGCGGGGGACGCCAGACGGGCAGCCCCAGCGAGGGAGCGCGCGUGUCCGCAGCCGUGGCCAAGACCGUGAGGAUGACGCUGGUGAUCGUGAUCGUCUACGUUCUGUGCUGGGCGCCCUUCUUCCUCGUGCAGCUGUGGGCAGCCUGGGACCCGCAGGCGCCUCGGGAAGGGCCCCCCUUCGUGCUGCUCAUGCUGCUGGCCAGCCUCAACAGCUGCACCAACCCCUGGAUCUACGCCUCCUUCAGCAGCAGCGUGUCCUCGGAGCUGCGCAGCUGGCUCUGCUGUGCCCGGAGGCACACCCUGCCCAGCCUGGGGCCCCCGGAGGAGUCCUGUGCGACCGCCAACUCCUCCCUGGCCAAGGACACUCCCCCCUGA